CCGUGAUCUUUUCAGGACGUUGUCUGUAUCUUCUUUCGGUGAACGUGAAGAACCUGUAUGUUGUUUGUAUCUUCUAUUGGUGAAGUACCUCCUACUCGGUGAUCUAGUAUUGUCGUUUCGUUUUCCAUCGGUAAAAUAGGACUCUGAUCCAUAUAGUUCCAUCGACCAACUCGGUCUAGUAGUCAAGUGAACUCUACACUCAUCCUCUGAGCUCUUUUCAAUGCCGGUGCCAUAGUGAACAUUCUUUUCUCUCGUCGACGCAAGGAAGUCGCCACAUAUAUCGAGAAACAUCUCUUCGAUGGUGCUAAACUAAAGGAGUCUACUUCCUGCUCUCAAUCAACAGGAGUCUACUUCCACACUCAAGCAAGAAUUUCUUCGUCCUUCACUCCAAUCAACUUUCGCGACAGUUGCUAGUUGUUGUGGUACAAGAUCUAUUUCAUAAAACUUGACAUAGAACAACUACAUCAAGUUGCUCAUCUACAACAAAGUUAAGCCACCCCUUGUAGUUUCCUCUACAGAAAGCAUGGCCGCGUCAGGCGGCAUGUGGCGCGGCCACGACGAUGGGGAGGAGCGGGAAGGCUUGCUCGCGAAUAUUAAGGCACUAUUGAAGAACAGGAGUUAGCAGGAUACUCUAGGAUACUUGUUGAUAGUUACCUUUUUCUCUUUUAUAUCUUCCUCUGCCUCUGGUCUGUCUUUUUUCUAGUUAGGUCGGCUCCGCCACAACUAUAGAAGAACAAGCUGUAGCAAGAAUUCUAAAUAGCCACCGACUUGUUAUUUGUGAAAGAUGAAACCAAUACCAAACAGACACGCAGUUUUAGGAGCUCUUUUUUCAGUUUCUCUUCACAUCAAAGUUGUCCCAACUAGGACAUCUCUUAUUGAUUUAAUCUUGUUCAAGUGUCGUGGACGAUGCAAACCUCUAGUCCAUUUAGAUUGCCAACUUAUUUAAUCUUUAUCAUACAUUUUUCUUCUCUAACACCGAAAACGAUGUGAAACUACAUGCGGGGGCCCGAAAGGCAGAAAAAGAUGUGGUUGGGAAUGCUGGGAUGCUAUGGAGCAUCUUCAUCACUCUUCCCAUCAUCACUCUAGGCUGAUGUUGGCCGGUUCUUCUUUUAAGGCGGUUCUACUUACUUACAUGGAUGAACGACAUUCCGCUAUCGGCAUGCUCAAUGUACCUAAGUCGGCGAGUAGUUGUCUACAUUAUAUUAUCUCCCCUAUUUCACAGUACAUUCCCCUAUCUACAUGGAAACAUUCAACUUGACAAGCUGUACUUAUACAUAGGAGGCCUUGCCCUUUUUAAUCAGUCAAAAACCUAGUCCCUUCACAUAUAUACUAGGAGCAGGUCAUAAAUUCUUUCUUCCUGCUCUAAUGUAAGUUGGGGGAUUGAAUUUCCUGCUGAAUUUUUUCGGAAAUUGCACGAAUCCUUGCUUUGGGCAUGGCCACGAGAUGAAUGGACACGGCCACGAUUGGAUUCAUCCGGAUAGGGCUACUUAUCGCCACAUGACCCGAACAAGCUCCGUUGUGGUCUGGGGGCUUAAUAUCACAAUCUAUUCGAACAUGAUCCAGUACCUGUGGGCGAAGGUAAUUAUUUCUAUCUUUCACCUGUUUAAUUCUACUGCUACUCACUUUUUUCAUAUUUAUUACUGAAUUUGAAGUGGAGCAGGUGGCCGCUUGGACAAAACCCUUGGACAAAACCCUUGGAGAAAACCAUCCUCAGGUUCGUGUCCGUCGCCAUCUUCCACGAUUAAUCUUCAUCUUUUUCUUUUUCCACAAUUUAUUUAAAAAGUCAUUCUAUGUCUGUGUCGACUUACUUCUGCUUGCGCGUGUUACUUCUGCUUGCGCGUUUCCCAUGUUGAGUCUGUUGGCAUUGGCUCGCUUGAGUGAAAGAAUACAACACCUGUCCUAAAACUUCUGAUAGAGCAAGAGUAAAUUCUUAAAAUGAGGAGGAUAAAAUCGUGAUGAGUCGAAACAACUGGUUAGUUUUCACCUCUAUCAUACUCUAGGUCUAUCCCUAUCUUCUACGAUAAGUCUUCAUCUUCAUCUUCCACAAUUAAAAUACUCUAUAUACAAUACAUUAGGGCUUGCCUGUUGCUCCUCGUCCCGCUUCCGCCUACCGCUAGGCGGAGGGGAGUGCGCGACCUUCGGGCGCUUGUUUCACCUUGUGAAACCAUUCACGCAAGCCCACGCCCCUGAGAAAAUCUCUCUUCCCUUCUUCAACGUCUCCCGGGGCGCCCCGGCUCGGGGGCAGUCUUCAUCUUCCGCGAUUUAAUUAAUCUUCAUCUUCAUCUUCCAUGCGAGGCGAUCGGGUCGCGCGCGACAAAUAAUAAUGCUACUAAUAAUCUUCCAAAAUUAAUCUUCAGGGCCGUGUAUCGAAUCCACGUGAGCAGAAUCGAUUUCGGGGUCCUUGUCUCCUCUUGGCCUUGGCUUUGUGCUUGUUACGGGCAGGUUGAAGAUACUUUUCUUGUUACCGUUUGUUAUGGCUCUCUCCCUUAGGAUGAGAAAGCCAGAACAAGCGGGAGAACCCACGAACACCAAAAACCUACCUCUAAGCUUGAUCUUGGUAGAGAAUACGCAAGCACUUGGCUAUGUCAUCGGAUUCGAGAUGGCGCCACGAUAUGAACGCGUAACCAAUGCUGAUGGAUCGGUUGGCACGUAUCGGACCUGCGCUUAUUGGACUUAUGACCACGUGUUGAAGAUCAAAUUCCCAUUCAUUAGAUAGUAGCGCUCGUCUUUGUUAGACAUCAAAUUUUCAUUCAUUACACAUUUAAUAUUUCCAUACAUUUAUAAGUUACCAUUUACUAGUAUGAAGAUGUAGUUACCUCAAGCAGAUCAUACUGAUGUCAUUAGAAUUAGGUGGUUGUAGCGCUCUUUGAUUGUUGUCUACAAGUUCUGGUUCUGGAAGAAAUUUUAAAGGGAGUUGAUGAAGCUACUAUUUGAUUUAUUUUGGUUUUCGUUCUAGUAGACUCAGACGCACCAAGCCAAAGGCGAAUCUAUGUUUAUUACACUACCUAGUGGGUGCACAUAGCGCGAGAGCCGACGCCGAGCACUUCUGUGAGGCACGCACAGGCUUCGGCCGCCUUUGAUGAGAAGACCUCCAGGGCAGUUGGACGAACUCGAGGCGCCUAGAAUAAACGGAUCCUAACAUAAACGUGGCCACUAUAGUAGUUCUUUUUAUACAGUUGGGCUUCUUUCUUUUUAUAUAAAUAUUUUUGUUUCCUAGUUAGACGUGCUGCUCCACCGGUUUUAUUACACUAGCUACCUUUUCAUUUCUUGUUCUUGGAAUAUCUAUAUCGAAAAUCAAGGCUCGACUCCAGCUCCAUUAUCUCUAAUGUCUCGUUCUCUUCACGACUUGGUGUGGGAUGCUCUCCGCGUGCAUCGCUUUUGUUUGGUACUACCGUUUACAACGAUACUUUCUGGCAAGGGAUCGGUUGUUUGCUUGUGACACGGGAAGCAAAGCCGACGAUUGCGGCCCGGCCGGCUGAGGACCGGUUUUGCCAGCAAGAGUGCCGGCAAAACCUGACCCUGUAACGGAGUGCGCUACAGGCGACUGAUAAACAGCAUAAGCCCCUCGUGUUGGAUUCUUGAAUGCUUCACCGCACGACAGGAGGCGGCGUGGAAGAUGAAGAAUGGGGGGACUUUGUGACUAGAUCUAGAAUAAAUGAGUUCGAUAGAAGUCGUAGCAGUGGAAAAAGACAGUCAAAAUUGAAAAAUACGUGUUCAGAAAGACGUAUUAAAGAGGAGGGCGCUCCUUUCUUGACUGGCUUUCCCAUUAUGUUAUGCAGCUGAUCUUCAAGUACAUAAGUAAUAACUCUUGUGAUGAAAAUUUUCAAAAGAUAUUCAUUUGCGGUCUGUAGUUUAGCCCUCGACGGUAAUUCGAGCGCUGGUCGCAGCUGGUAAGCUUAUUGUCUUUCAAGAAUUUUUGUGAUUACACCUUUGUGUGCGCAUGCUGCUGUUACACAGGGAAGUAUGAUUUUCUGUUCCGGACACUAACGCCCCACCAAAAAGUUUUAUCGUUGAGGACUAACAUUCGACCAACAGCAUGGGUAUGGGGCGCGUGUCGUGACAUAGAUUAUCAUGACAGAGGGCGAUUUGCCCGUUGUUCCGACUUGUAUGUUAUAAUGUUGAUGAACUAAUAUUUCAAUUUCUGCGUUUAUUUAGAACCUAGUACCACGUAUCCAAAUCCAUCCAUUAUAUUCUGCAACUUUCAAAAAAGUAAGUUCGUAAUCGUAUGUCAUAAGAUUAUCGGCUCAAUCAUGAGAAGAUGUUAGAAAUCAAGAUCAAUCGCAACACAAGGAUCGUCUAGAACAGUGAGUUCUUGGUCGGGUGCAAGGGUUCGUUUAACUCACAACGUGCAAGUAACCAGUAGAGUCGGGUGCAAGGGUUCGUUUAACUCACAACGUGCAAGUAACCGCUAGAACCUCAUACGUAAAUGCAAAUUAUCCUAAAGAACAAGUGAUGAGUUUGUUCCGCUGAAAAGUGUUGGGCACAGUUCCCGGUCGUUUCAGUAGAUACUCUGAUUUAGUAUUUGAUAUAAUUUCGUUCCAUCAAAGUGGACGCCCACGACGCACAAAAACGGUUGUUGGUUUUGCACAGUAAGGCAACCUCAGAGACCAGUUGAAGUUGAUGCCACCCAUGGAGGACCUUCUACUCAAUUGAAAACGGGACCUUUGUAGAGACAUUGAAAUUACUAGGGAGAAAACAAGAAAACUAUCCUUUAAGUAGUGAGAUGGUGAUGGAUACCGAUACUUCUCGUUCUCACCCACAUGUUGU